AAGAACAUAUGAAAACUCUAGACCCUUAUUACCAUCACUCUAUUACUCAUAUGUGAAUAAAUCUCAUCCCAUAUAUACACACACCUUACAUUAUAUAUCUCUAAUCUCUCCAACGAGCCAUUAACAUCUUGAUGAUUUUUUCUGUAGGAUAAAAGAUAGAUAGUGGAUCUAGUUCCUCCUCGCAUGGCUUCUGUUGUACCUGUUCUUCUUCCUAACACCCUCAACCAACAUUCUAUCCUCCCAUAUCCUUCCCAUUCCCACCAUCUCUUUUCAAAACCCAUCAACCACAAAUCCAACAUCCUUUUCCUUUCCAAUUCCAAAAAACCUAAUAAUUCGCCAAUAUUAUUCCUCAAAUGCUCUUCUUCUUCGUCCACUAUGAACCAACUGCACGAAGAGGAAGAGGAAGAGGAAGAGGAAGAUGAAGAUGAAGAAGAAGAAGAAGAAGAAGAAGAAGAAGAAGAAGAAUCACCACUGCCUCCGUUGAGCGAGGUAUGGAGAGAAAUCCAAGGCGAGAACGACUGGGAAGGUCUAUUAGAUCCAAUGGAUCCUAUCCUACGCAAAGAAAUCAUUCGCUAUGGUGAGCUAGCUCAAGCAUGUUACGAUUCAUUCGACUUCGAUCAAAACUCAAAAUAUUGUGGAACAUGCAAGUAUCAUCCUGCACAUUUCUUUGAGAAACUUUACAUGGGAGAUGGAUACACCAUAAGCCGCUACCUCUAUGCAACAUCAAAUAUCAAUCUUCCAAAAUUCUUCAAGAAAUCUAAGAUCUCUUCUGUUUGGAGCCCUUAUGCUAAUUGGAUGGGAUACAUAGCUGUUUCCACCAACGAAGAAGAGAUUAAACGAUUAGGACGCCGUGACAUAGUGAUUGCAUGGAGGGGCACCGUGACAUACAUAGAAUGGAUAUACGACCUAAAAGACAUACUACACGAAGCAAACUUCAAAAACGACCCAUCAAUCAAAGUAGAAACAGGAUUCUACGAUUUAUACACCAAGAAAGAACAAUCAUGCACUUAUUGUUCAUUCUCAGCUCGAGAACAAGUACUCUCAGAAAUUAAACGACUUCUUCAAUUCUACCAAGGUGAAAAAAUCAGUAUCACAGUCACAGGACACAGUCUUGGUGCUGCCCUAGCCGUACUCAGCGCUUACGACAUAGCCGAGUUAGGAGUGAACAUCAUUGAAGAUGGUGACAAAACAACUAACGUCCCCAUAACGGUUUACUCGUUCGCAGGGCCGAGAGUUGGGAAUUUGCAUUUUAAAGAAAGGUGUGAAGAACUUGGUGUAAAAGUUUUGAGAAUACAUAAUAUUCAUGACAAAGUUCCAACCGUGCCGGGGAUUAUAACCAAUGAGAAAUUUCAGUUUCAAAAGUAUAUAGAAGAUACAUUGUCUUUUCCUUGGAGUUAUGCUCAUGUUGGAACUGAAAUUAAAUUGGAUCAUAGAAAUAGUCCUUUUUUGAAGGAAAAUGGUGAUUUGGGGUGUACACAUAAUUUAGAGGUACUUUUGCAUUUGAUGGAUGGGUAUCAUGGGAAAGAUAAAAAAUUUAAUAUGGUUACAGAAAGGGAUAUUGCACUUGUGAAUAAGAGCUGUGAUCUUCUACGGAGUGAGUUUGGUGUUCCACCACAUUGGAGACAAGAUGAGAAUAAAGGGAUGGUUCAAACCGCCGAUGGACGGUGGGUUGUGCCGGAACGGCCUCUAUUGGAAGCUCAUCCACCAGAUAUUGCACAUCAUCUUGCAUUAGUGCUUAAAAAUCGCAUUCAAAAUCGCAUUGGUAGCUUCCAAUCAAGGACCACCUGAUUUGUUUUUAGUAGGGAAAAAAUGUAAAGGAGAAAAUAUAAGAUGUGAUGAUGAUUAAUUGAUAAAGAAUAUUAAUUCAUAAGUAUAUAUAAGUUGAUAAAAAGAAGAAUGUAUGCAUGUUCUCUUAAAAAAAAAGUAUGUAUGUUUCAUUUAGCUA